AAAAAGUUGUCAUCGAGUCGAAAGUAUCAUCUCAAGAGCUUGAUGCUUUCGAUUGCUAAAGGUCUGCUUGAUGCUGAAGCUAAGGCAGCUGAGCAAGAGAGAAAAGAUUACAUGGCUCAGAACUGUCCACCACUGGAGGUGUCUGGAUCUUUGGCUGACUUGCAGGAGCUCUGCAAGAAACUUCAGGCAAAGAUUGAUGUAGUUGAUGAGGAAAGAUAUGACUUGGCUGCCAAAGUUACAAAGAGUGAUAAGGAGAUUGAUGACCUCAAGAUCAAAGUCCAGGAUCUGAAGGGCAAGUUCAAGAAGCCAGUAUUGAGGAAAGUGCGUAUGUCAGCUGACCAAAUGCUUCAGGCCCUGCUCGGCUCCAAGCACAAAGUCUCUCUGGAUCUAAGAGCCAACCUGAAACAAGUGAAGAAAGAGGCCAAAGAGGAGGUCAGUGUUGCAGAUGUCGGUGACUGGCGUAAGAACAUUGAGGACAAGGCUGGCAUGGAUGGCAGGAAGAAGAUGUUUGAGGCAGAGGCUUAA